AUGGCUGGCACCGUGGUUGUCAAGGCCCUUGUGGCAUCUUUGCUUCUAUUCUCAGGUGCUUCAGCGUCUCCUUUCGCUAAAAGGCAGACCACUCUCACUCUCGACGGCAUUCAGAAACAAGCCCUCGCCAACGCGUACAAGGUACUGGAUGGAACACUAUCGGAUGGUCUGAACAGGUCUUCGAUAUGUAACAAGGAUACUGUUGCUGUGCGCAAGGAAUUUGGUGAUCUUACCAAAGAGGAGCGGAAAGCAUACACCACAGCCGUCAACUGUAUCCUUAAAGCUCCAUCCAAGCUUCCUGCUGGACAAUACCCGGGCGCGAAGUCUCGCUAUGAUGAUUUCGUAGUCGUGCAUAUGAACAUGACACCAACCGUUCAUGCCACUGCAAACUUCAUGCACUGGCAUCGCUAUUACAUAUGGGCAUACGAAACAGCGCUCCGCACGGAAUGCGGCUACAAAGGCUACCAACCCUACUGGAAUUGGGCAAAGUAUAAAGACUUAGUCAACAGCCCCAUAUUCAAUGGCGACGAAUGGAGUAUGGGUGGUAACGGCGAUUCAAUCGGCCCACAUGCAGGCAUGAGUCUUGGACCAGGAGCAACGCUUCCCGGCGGACCAGGCGGCGGUUGCGUAUCCAAAGGUCCCUUUGCCAACUUGACAAUCCAUUUAGGUCCCCUCUCACCUACAAUGGAUCCUAAACUCAACAUCAAGCCCAACCCACGCGCUGAUGGCUUCGGUGAUAAUCCCCGCUGUCACCGUCGUGACGUGAGUAACUUCUUUACCGAGAAAUACCUGCGGCCUCAGGACCUCUUAUCUCACCUCACCACCAACAAAGCCAUCGGUACCUUCCAAGACUCUCUCCAGUCCAGCAAUACAAACAUGCUUGCAGCACUACAUAUCGGCGGUCACUUUUCUAUUUGGGGUGACCCCGGCGGUGAUGUAUUUGUGAGCCCCGCUGAGCCAGCCUUCUGGUUACACCAUGGUCAGCUGGAUAGACAUUGGUGGAUGUGGACCAUGUACCAAGAAAAGGAAGUCAAGUCCCGGACAAGUAUGUACGAAGGCGGUACCCAUUGGCAGAUACCCAAUAGUCCUAGAGGCAAACCGACAGAUGUGCAGGAACUAGACGUUGUUGCGCCGCCGGGCAUGAACCACAUUGCGAGCAACCAAUUCUUCUCUACCACCGCAGGGCCGCUGUGUUAUGUUUACGCUUAG